AUGAAUAAAUUUGACAUAUUUGGUAGUCAGGUUUCAGUAAGAUUCUAGGGCUCAUAGAUCCACUAAACUAAAUUUGGUGCUCUCCUUACCAUUUUAUUAUUUAGUUUUGUUUUCAUUAGAUUAGGGAUCUUAAUAAUCUCAGUGAUUUAUGGAAAAAAUCCAACAGUCCUUUUCUAAGAAAGAUAGGUAACGGACCCUAAAAAGUUUGCUAUAACUCCUAAUACUCUCUCUCUUGCUCUAGGAGUUUUAGAUGUUAACUAUAACUAUUACAUUGACAAUACCUUAUUCAUAAUAUAAGGACUCCAUAGGACUAAAUAAAAUGUAUUCAAUAUCACAACAGGUUAGUAUGACUAAAUUUUUAACACAAAAUUGUUUAAUCUAGUUAAUUGUACAGAUGAUCAUGUUCCUGACCCUAAAUUAAGAGAUUUUUUUCUCAAGUCGCAAUUUUACAUGCAUUAAUGCAUUCCGAAAGACUUGGUAGUUGAGAUUGAAGGUUAGUUCAAUUCUAAUUCUUACCAAGAAUUAAAUUUCUAUUUCACUAAAUGUAUUGGAUAAGGUUGUAAAGAUGAAAAAGAAAUAGAUGCUCUGGUGAACAACAACUACGUCGAAUUACUAUUCACAGAUGUAUAUUUUGCGCCUGAAAACAAAGACUAUCCUUUUGAAAGAUUUUCAAGAGAUUUGUAUUGGAUUACAAGCUAAAAUCUGCCAAGAGAAUCUAGUGUAUUUAUGAGAAAUAAUUAUGUAGAAAGUGAUUUUGGAUGGGUCACAUCUGAUAUCUCAACAUAAAUUUAUCCUUCAUUCAGCUAUAGUGAUAGUCAAAUAGUUGACAUUUCAAAUGGUUUUUUCUUUCAUUUAGUUGUAAGAUUUGAAAAAGAGAAAGAAAAUUUAUAUAAAAGGUCUUAUGAAAAUUUAUUUACAAUUAUGUCAUAAAUUGGUGGUUUUACUCAAAUUUUGCUUACAAUUUUUUCAUUUAUAUGCUUGAGAUACUCUGAAAUUCACUUAGCUAGAUCUUUGAUUAACUAGUCUUUUGAUUUUUAAGAUAUAACAAAUAAACCUAACAAUGAUAUCUUAAUUUCGAAUCCUACAUAAUAACAAUAAAAUAAUACAGAAGUAAUUGAUGAUUAAGCAGCUUAAAAUAGAUAAAUAUACAAAUUUUAUAACCCCUCUCCAAUAAAAGAAAACUCAUUUUAACUAACAUCUGCUUAUCGUGAUCAAUGUUCACCAAUUUUAACAUCUCAUUAGAAAGAUUCUAAUAAUAAGGCUGAUUUAAUCUAGCGAAAUGAGCAUGAACACAUUACUUAACAGAUAACUAUAAAAGAUAUCCAAAGUGGUGGAAAAGCAUUCACAGAUGAUGAAAUUCUGAAAGAUUACAAGAAAUAAUAAGAAUUGAUUUAAAAUAGAUAGAGCAUACACUUCAAUAUUUUUUCUUAUAUGCUAUCUUUCGUAGCUAAAAUUUUUUAAAGUUUUAGAAAUAAAAAAUAGGUGAUUGAUUACGGUUUCAAAGAGAUUGAUAAUAAUUUAGACAUAGAGUACAUCAUCAAAAAAUUUGUAGAAAUCGACAAAUUAAAAAGAAUCAUACUUAAUGAUGACUAGCUUACUUUGUUCAACUAUAUUCCCAAACCAUAAAUUCUUUAUAAAGUAGAUAAAUAGGGAGUUGUUAUUGAAAAAAAUUCUUUUUUUUGCAAAGAUGAUAACUUUAAAUGA